AAGGCAAAAACAAUUGAAGUGAAAGAGCGGUCUGAAGUCAAUAUCGUUCUGACAACAUCUUCACUAACACACAAAGAGAGAGAGAGAAAGAGCUCUCCAAUCCUCCGCCAUAGCUGAGCUUUCCCUUUUCCUUCUUACACUCUUCUCUUACCCCCUUGAAAACCCCUCUCACCUGAAAUGAACCCUCAAGCUAACAAUGACCGGGAGGUCGAUUGCUCGGCGACGGUAGAUCCAACGGCCAGACACAAUUCAGCCGGAGGAGGAGGAGGAGGAGGAGCUAGGUACAAGCUGAUGUCACCUGCAAAGCUUCCGAUCUCGAGGUCUACUAAUACUAACAUCACGAUUCCUCCUGGGUUAAGUCCGACGUCGUUUCUUGAAUCUCCAGUUUUCAUCUCUAACAUCAAGCCAGAGCCUUCCCCUACUACUGGUUCGCUGUUCAAGCCCCGACCAGUGCAUGUUAGCUCAAGUUCUUCUUAUACAGGGAGGGCAUUCCAUCAGAACACUUUCACCGAGCACAAGUCCAGUGAAUUUGAAUUCAGACCUCCUGCUUCCAAUAUGGUGUAUGCAGAGCUUGACAAGCAUAAAAGGGAUUCACCAGUACAGUUUCAAGUCCAGGGAGGACAUGGAUCCUCACACUCACCUUCUUCCAUCACUGAGGCUGCAGCAGCUUCCUCAAGUGAGCAAAGCCGGCCUACUCCUCCUGUUCAGACGCCACCGACGAGCUCAGAUAUCCCGGCGGGGUCUGAUCAAGAAGAAUCAGUCCAGACAUCGCAAAACGAGUCCAGGGGAAGUGCGCCGCCGCCUCCGGUAUUGGCUGACGAUGGUUACAACUGGAGAAAGUAUGGUCAAAAGCAUGUCAAAGGGAGUGAAUUCCCCCGGAGCUAUUACAAAUGCACACAUCCUAACUGUGAAGUGAAGAAGCUAUUUGAAACGUCUCAUGAUGGCCACAUCACCGAUAUUAUUUACAAGGGUACACAUGACCAUCCUAAACCUCAGCCUGGUCGCCGAAACUCUGGUGGUGUUGGUAUGUCUGCACAAGAAGAUAGGGUUGGGAAAGGCGUCUACAACUUGUCUCAAGCCAUUGAGCAAACUGGUAACACUGAAGUACCUUCUACAACAGACGAUGGUGGAGACGUUGCAGCGUCAAAUAGGAAUAAAGAUGAGGCGGAGGACGAUGAUCCAUAUACAAAACGGAGGAGGUUGGAUGGGACCAUGGAAGUAACUCCACUCGUGAAACCUAUCCGUGAGCCUAGGGUUGUUGUUCAAACCCUGAGUGAGGUUGACAUACUUGAUGAUGGUUACAGGUGGCGUAAAUAUGGGCAGAAAGUCGUCAGGGGAAACCCAAAUCCAAGGAGCUAUUACAAGUGCACAGCUCCUGGAUGCCCAGUGAGAAAACACGUGGAGAGGGCAUCACAUGACCCAAAAGCUGUAAUAACAACAUACGAAGGCAAACACAAUCACGAUGUCCCCACUUCAAAAUCUAGCAGCAACCAUGAAAUCCAGCCUCGGUUCAGACCACCAGAUGAAACAGACACCAUAAGCCUCAACCUGGGUGUAGGAAUCUCGUCUAAUGGACCACCUAACCACACUUCCAACGAGAACCAACAACUCGUCAUCAACCAAACUCACCCAAAUGGAGGAGUCGGAUUCAGGUUUGUUCAUGCAGCUCCUCCUCACAUGUCAACUUACUAUGCUAGCUUAAACAGCGGUAUGAAUAAUCAGUAUGGACCUAGAGAAACCCAGAACGAGAACCAAAAUGGUGACAUCUCGUCCCUCAACCAUUCAUCUUACCCGUAUCCGCAUAACAACAACAUAGGGAGAAUACAAUCAGGUCCUUAGAAGAAGACAAAAACGGAAACAACAACAACUCUUCUUAGGUUAGGAAUGGAAUGAAACAAAAACAAUUGUUUCUAUAUGAUUCCUCUUUUCACUACAGAGGAGCUCUGAUCUUUGAUUUAAACUUUAUAUCCCCACCAAUAUAAUAUUUGUAUUUUGUCACCUGUUUUUGAAUGUGCUGUAAAAUCACACAAGAUGUUAAUGCUUUUUAUCAGUAUAAUACUACUAUAAGAACUCUUUCAUCAUUCA